CGGAGUCGUAUGCCGCAGUUAGUUCAAGUUCGAAAAGCGAUCAGAUUACUUCGAGAUAUACGAAGAAUUCAUCUUGCUAUAUAAGUUGAGUAUUUACCAAGUUGAUUUUACUAAGUGAAACGAUUAAAUACAAGUGUGUGAAUAAUUUAUUGAGAUUGACGGAAGACGAAUAACCGAUUUCAAAGACUCUCUGCAAACAAAUAAACAAACAAACAGAGCAGUAAAAAGAAAUAGACAAUUAAGAAAAAAAUGGCAUUGGUACCAAGAGAUUUUUUCCGUAACUGGUGGCAAGACUUGGACCGUUAUCAUCGUGAAAUGGACGAACAUUUUCAACGUAUAGCAAAUCGAGAUGGUUUCAUGAAACCACCAUCAUUGACUUCGUUCAAAGAUUUUUUCACACCUAUGCGAAAUACUUGGAAGGAAAUAGAAGAACAAGUUGGAGGUUCGGCGAGUAUUGAACAGGAUCAAGACAAUUAUCGUGUCAUCGUUGAUGUUCAACAAUUUGCACCAGAAGAAAUAACAGUUAGAACCGAUAAUCAAUGUAUUACCGUUGAGGGUAAACAUGAGGAAAGAAAAGAUCAACACGGUUACAUUUCGCGACAUUUCGUACGCCGAUAUCAAUUACCUAAAGGUUACGAUAUUGGUCAUGUUAAACCAAGCUUGUCUUCUGAUGGUAUUUUAAGUAUAACAGCGCCAAGACUUGUUUUACCUGCUCCUGGAGAAAGAAUUGUUCCUAUCGAACGUCAAAACAGACCAGCCAUCAAAGGCGUUUGAAGUAACAAACAAACAAACAAACAAUACAAACUACCAAAUAUAUAUCAAACCCUAAUUAUUAAGGUUUUUUCCUUUUUUUUUUUUUUUAAUAUUAUCAAUAAUAUCAGCUGAUUAAUAUUAGCGAAGUUAAUUAAUUAAUGAUUACUUAAUUUCACUUUUUCUGUUCUCUUUGUCUCAUUCACUUUUACGUAUUUUCAUUAAUUUAUAAAUUGAAAAAUUAUUCCUAACAAAAAUUUGCGGAUAUUUUUCUCUCACCAUUUGAAAAUCAAAAGUAUGUUUGUAAGUUCCUGUACUAUUUUUCUUUUUACUGAUUAUUGAUUCACACUUUACAGUCACCAAUAAUUGUAUUUAAUUCGAAUGUCAUUAAAUUAAUUUUCUUUUUUUUUUAUUCUCGAGAGUAAAGUGUUUUAAUAAUAAUAAUAAUGCGUUACACAGAUAAUAUAUAGGUACCGUUCUGCGAAUCAUUGUUAUGGGAUAAUUGAAAUCAAUUUUAUGUGUGUAUAUAUAUAUAUGUCUCAUUAAAAUGACUUCAUACUUAAUUUAAAAGUAAGCUUUUGAUUCUGUCGAUAAAACCGAAUGCAUAACACACACACUUUGCGUAACAGUACCAUUAAAGAACAAAAUAUUUCGAAUCUUUUGCAUGCAUACAUAUAAACAGACAUUAUUAUAUUUAAAAAUAUAAAGGGUGUCGCAAAAAUUACUUUA